UAAUUCGUGAACAGUUGCAGCUUGUCCUCCAUCGCAAUCGGAACGGUUUCCUUCAACAUGAGCAUCUUUGAGUUGUUCGUGAUCUUCAGUUCGUUUUGUGUGAUUCGAAGUGAUUUCAUCGACGCAUCCUACCAGUGCGGAAUUCGGAAGCAUUCAUUCGUCCAGCUGGUGCAUCGCGGAUGGAAAGUGGAAGAAGGUCAAUGGCCAUGGCACGUAGCCAUGUUCCACAAAACGGGUAGCAGUUCCCGUGAGUACGCUUGUGGUGGUACUUUGCUAGACCAGAAACACGUCCUGACGGCAGCCCAUUGUGUCGUGAAUCGUGAUACCCAAUAUCCAUUGCCAGCAGCCAGCAUUGAGCUCCAUUUUGGGCAACAAAAUCUCUCGAAGAUGACUGAUCAUACGCAGAUUCGAGACGUCAGCAAGGUUCACAUUCAUCCGGAAUAUUCCACGCAUCGGAAUGAUGUAGCAGUGUUGGUCAUAAGAUUGCCAGUGGAGUUUACGGACUUUGUUAUCCCGAUCUGCAUGGAUCAACGAGCGGACAGAGAUCUGCGGAAUUUGGAAGGUCAACGCGGUUGGAUAACCGGUUGGGGAACGACGCAGAGUGGUGCCAUAUCGGAUGUACUUCGGACGGCCUCCAUGCCAGUAGUUAGCUAUCUUCAGUGCUUCAACGAUGAUCAAACGCUAUUCGGGAACAUACUGAAUCCGAAUGUGUUCUGCGCUGGUGAUCGUAACGGAACCAGUCCUGGCACGGGGGACAGUGGAGGUGGAAUGUACUUCAAUGAAGGGGAUCGCUGGGUGCUGAGAGGCAUUGUAUCGUUUGCAAAAGCAGAUGAGCUGAAGGCAGAAGUCGAUACCUCGAAGUAUGCAGUGUUUGUCAAUGUGCAGCGCUUUCUGACGUGGAUCAAGGAAAUUACGGACGAAAGCAAACCUGCCGCAAAUAGACCAAAACGGAUUAGCGAAAAAGAGUGCGAUCGAUUUAUGAGUCUGACUAAAAAAAGAGCAAAUGGGAUUUGUGCGAAUUCUAGAUUCCCGCAUACGGUUUCGCUCAUCUACCCUGACAGUGAAGCUAAAUGUACCGGUUUCCUAGUCAAUGAAAAUCACGUGAUAACUGCUUGUCAUUGCAUGCGUGAUAGUAAUAAACAGAGGCCUUCAAAAGUACAAAUUGAUACAUAUGGUGAGACGGAUGUAUUGGAAAUGACCUGUCACCCAGAAUUCAAACCAAGAUACGUUUACCAUGACCUGGCUGUCGUUAAACUGAACACAUCUAUCAAUCUGUCAAGCAAUUUGAUUCCGGCAUGUUUGGCGAGCAAUUGGACAGAGAAUUUGUACGACACGCUGCUCCAAACCGGUUUCGGUACAAGCUCAUUGUCAGGUACCAAAAAAUUCAUCGAGUCUGAUGAGAAUCAGGUCAUCACCAAAGAAGAGUGCGAUCGACAGCUACCGGAAUCAAGACGUGCACCUAACGGUGUCAUUUCCGGUCAGCUGUGUGUGAUAAACAACGAUCGGUUAAGAACUAGCAGUUUUGGUUCCUCCGGUAGUCCUCUGCAGUCUGCCAACAGUCGAACAUGUAUGUACACGGUAGUGGGAGUAACAAGCUAUGGAAACUUGGACCACGAAGGAGUCCGAGAGACGAAUAUCACUGUGAUUGAUGUUUACACUCGAGUUUCCCACUAUCUGGAUUGGAUUGAAGAAAUCGUCUGGAAUGUUGAGCCUCCGAUGAUAACUACAAGCAGUGCACCAUCACUCGGCAAUGAUUUUGUCUUCCCAGAUAAUUGAACUGACUAGAACAUUCCCAGAGGUUGUGCGCUUUAAAAAACGUAUUCUAGAAGACGCAAGUUGGUUAGGGUUCUGGUACCUUCUGACUGAAAUGAAUCUUAAAAUUUUGUAAUUGUCCACGCUCUUUCAGGUCUUUCUAUCACAGUCCCAAAACUCAACUCGACAUUGCACAGUGGUCCACAGGAUGGGAAUUUGAGGCGAAAAGUAGUCCUAGAACUUUUGUUUUAAAAAUAAGACGUUUAGUGCCUU